GAGUGUAUAAGCUUCUUGACCUUUGAACAUUGACGUAAAUUGUCAUUGCUAUAAAAUUGAAGUAGAAUAAGAAAGCAUAUAGUAUAUUUUUACAUAAGAUCUGAGGUCUUAUUAGAUGGUAAUUGAAGAGUUGUCAAUUUUGUGGAAGUGAAAGACACUGUGAAGGAUUUGACCUACUAAAUAUAUAUACCCAACACCAACUCAUCUCUUUCUUAAUUUUUGCAGUAUUCAUUGAAAAACUGAAAAAAAACAAAAAUGUCGUGCCCGUUUCUAUCAAAAUUAAGCCAAGCUUACUUGAAAAACUAUGCAUCUGUUCUGGUAAAAAUGUAUGGCAAUCAGUGUCCAGUCAUGUCAAGAAGUAUGAAUACUGUAGCAAAUGAUGUUGAAGUUAAAAGUCAAGAUGAUGUAUUUGCCUACGACGAGUUUUUCCAUCAACAGAUAAUGAAAAAGAAGAAGGAACAUUCCUAUAGAAUCUUCAAAAAGGUGAAUAGAUUAGCUGGAGAUUUUCCUAAAGCUGUCGAGCAUUCUUGGGGACAGGCUCCGAUUACCGUUUGGUGUUCCAACGACUAUUUAGGAAUGUCCUCUCAUCCCGAAGUCAAAGCUGCAGUGAGGGAUGCUCUUGAGAAAUAUGGAACAGGAGCGGGUGGGACUCGUAACAUUUCAGGAAAUUCUACAUUACAUGAACAACUUGAAUUUAAGCUUGCUAGAUUACAUGAUAAAGAAGCUGCCUUACUAUUCACCUCUUGCUUUGUUGCAAAUGAUUCGACUUUAUACACGUUGGCCAAAGUAUUACCAGGUUGUCAUAUAUUUUCCGAUUCUGGGAACCAUGCGUCAAUGAUCCAAGGUAUACGAAACAGCCGAGUACCAAAACAUAUCUUCAGACACAAUGACCCAGCACAUUUGGAAGAGUUACUUCAAAAAGUGGAUAUAAAUGUUCCGAAAAUAGUAGCUUUUGAAACAGUACAUUCCAUGUCUGGGGCUGUGUGUCCGUUAGAGGAAUUGUGCGAUAUUUCCCACAAAUAUGGAGCUUUAACUUUUGUAGACGAAGUUCAUGCUGUUGGAUUGUAUGGUGAACAUGGUGCUGGAAUCGGUGAAAGAGAUCAUGUCAUGCAUAAAAUGGACAUGAUAUCAGGAACUUUAGGAAAGGCAUUUGGAAAUGUUGGAGGUUAUGUAGCUAGUAAUUCUCUGUUGAUUGAUAUGGUUAGAUCUUACGCGGCGGGCUUUAUAUUUACAACUUCAUUGCCACCUACAGUACUAGCAGGUGCUAGUAAAUCUAUAGAAAUUUUGAGCUCCGACGAAGGUAGACAACUUCGAGAAAAACAUCAAGCCAAUGUGAAAUACCUCAGGAAUUCACUGUUAAAUAACGGUUUCCCUGUGGAACACACUCCAAGUCAUAUCAUUCCAAUAAAAAUAGGAAAUCCUCUACAAUGUGGUGCUGUCUGUGAUACUUUGCUCAAAGAAAAAGGUCAUUAUAUCCAAGCUAUUAACUACCCUACGGUAGCUAGAGGAGAGGAGAAAUUGAGAUUGGCACCAACACCACAUCAUUCCAAACAUCUAAUGGACACAUUAGUCAACGAUUUGAAAGAUGUAUGGUUAGAUCUGGAGCUUCCCUUAACUGGAAAACCCUGUGGGAAGCACUGCCAGUUUUGUCAAAAGCCACUUCUGUUUGAUUACUAUGAGUCAAGAAAUAAUAGAAGCUGUGCGCAAAAUACUCUCUGUGAUAUACCCAACUGUCCUCAGCUAGUGGCCAUUACCAUAUAAUGUGAUUUACAUAAAAACACAUGUUAGGUGUUGGAUAUUCUUGGUGUUUAAUAUGUUCGUGUUUAUUUACACAUUGAAAAAUAUACAUACAUAAAUAAAAAGUAUUUAAUACUAA